AUGACUCUUACGUUACCGCGAGCGCGUUUGCGGCUGCUUGCGCUACUUCUAGCCAUAGUUAUUGUAUCUAUCUACGCGUUAGAUCCCAGUAAAGACUACUACAAGGUACUGGGUGUAAAGAAACAAUUUUCCGAUCGCGAGCUCAAGAAGGCGUACCGCCAACUAGCGCUUCAGUACCACCCUGACAAGGCAGAGAACGCUGAAGAUAAGGAAGCGGCGAAAGAAAAGUUUGUUGAAGUAUUUGAGGCUUAUGAAGUGUUGUCUGAUCCAGAGAAACGCAAGGAAUACGAUGACAUUCGACGUUCUGGAGGAGGAAGUCCAAAUGGCGGAUUUUCAGGCGGAUUUGGUCACCAGAGUAACCAAGGGCGCUCCUCCGACGAGAAUUUAGCGUCAUUUACCAAAAUGUUUGAAGGAAUCUUUGGUCAUGGUUUUGGAGGAGCAGGAGACUUUUCUGGAGGUGCAGGAGGCUUUGGUGGAGGCUUCGGAGGAGGAAUGCCGAAUGAAUUCCAGUUUGAUGGCAUGGAUGGAUUCGGAAGUGCUCGAUCUGGUCGUAGUCGUCCACAGCCAAGACAACCACAAACGUUAUACGGACCAGAAUCGCUUGUCACAUCUCUUUCAAAGAAGAAAUUUCCGGGUAAAAGUGCACGCAAUGAAUGGCUUGUGCAAUUUUACGAAAUGGACGCCCCGAGUGCUGAAUUUCGUGGUAAUUAUGAAAAUGUUGCUCGUGAUUUGAAUGGUAGAGUGAAGGUUGGUGCUGUAAAUUGUAGUAAGCACCCAAAGUUGUGCCGUGCCAAUGGCAUUCACAAGUAUCCGACGUUUGCAUACAUUUGGGAAGGUCAACUUACGAAAUACAAUGGCGAAGUGGAUGAGUACCAAGUAUACAAUUUUGCGAUUGAAAAGCAUAUCGAACGUCUAAAACGCAUGCGUGAGUCAGGUGAGAUCGAACAGCUGCACUCAGGUAAUGAGGCGAAAUUGUGUAAUCUUGGUCAACAUGCCACGUCGGAAACGACGUCUUUGUGCGCUGUGUUCUUUCUAUCAAGUGACACAAAGCAGCGGGAGAAGGAGCUUAGGAUCGUUAAGGAUGUUGCAAGUAAAUUUCGACAUUCGAAAAGUCUCCACAUUGCAUAUGUGGACUGGAAGACGCAGCAUCAUCCCGUGCGAAAACUGAUCGAAACAGCUGUGGGUCAUAGCCACAGACAAGAGCAGCCAGGCUUGCUUGUCAUUCGAACCAAACGAGGCAAAGUCCGGGUGGGUGUGCACCCACUUGAUGCUGAGUUUUCAGUUGACGCACUAUCCGCGACCAUGGAGCGAGCUGUUGGUGGCGAUCUCUCGAUGGCAAUUGUCCACGGACCAGUGCGCUUUCGCUGA